AUGGCUGUCCACUUGCAAGCCGAGGGAUUUGGAUGCGAGCUGGAUAAAUUUGUGGCGAGCUCGCUGGUGGACAUUAAUGCCAGGUGUGGGAGCAUGAGGGAUGCUCGCAGAGUUUUCGAUCGAAUGCCGAGCCACAACUUGGUGGCCUGGACGGCAUUGAUCCUGGGCUAUGCUACGAACGGGGAGAAUGAGGUUGGCCUCCGGCUCUUCGCUCGGAUGCUUGGCGAAGAAGAAGGACGCAGGACAGAUUCGCAGGCUUUUGUUGCUGCGCUCAAAGCUUGCACGGGGCUCACGGACAGAGAGGUGGCAAACGACUCAGGUGUAAAGAUCCAGUGCUUGGAGAAAGGCAUGGCUGUGCAUCGUGAAGCUGCCAAGAGUGGAGUUGCAACGGAGAUGUUCGUGGGAAGUGUCCUGGUGGAUACAUACGCGAAGUGCGGAAGCAUGGAGGACUCCCGCAUCGUGUUUGAGAAGAUGGUGGCUCAGGACGUGGUCUCGUGGACCGCUCUCCUGUUUGGCUACGCGCAGAAUGGCGAGAGCGAGCUGACCCUUGGGAUGUUUGAGAGAAUGAAAGCCUCGGGGUGUGCACCGAAUGCUCAGACUUUUGUGGCAGUUCUUCACGCGUGCACGAACUUGGCUCUGCGAGAGGACGGCAAAGUCCUCAAGGUGAAAGCUCUGGAGAAAGGCAUGGCUGUUCAUCGAGAAGCUUUCAAGGCCGGGUUUGAGCCGGACAUCUGUGUGAGCAGCACGCUGGUGGAUAUGUACUCCAAGUGCGGCAGCGUCCUCCAGGCUCGCCGGGUGUUUGACAGGAUGAAGCGCCACGAUGUGGUGUCAUGGCAUCACAGGCUACAGCCGCCACGGUGA